GCACAUGCGCGGAACCGAUCGUGUUGCUGUACGGAUAGAGUAGCGACAGUGUCCUUCCGGAUGGAUACAUUGUGGUUAAGAGGACGGUGCAUGUCGUAGGUCGAAGGUCGCUCUGGACGAUAAAGGUGAGUUCAGUGGGAAUUAGACACGGUGUGAAAUCAGUAGACGGUAUGUCCGGGCGCGCCAGAGGAAAAUCAUGUGGCAGAGAGACUGGGGCCCUAGGCGAGCAACCACCUCUGCCCCAGAAGGAAGCUCAAGCCGUGUGGCCACCACAGCCUAAGAGAGAGCUCCAAGGGAGGGGAAGACAGAAAUCUGCCCCCGUGGCGGCGGCAGAAGGAGAAAAGCCGUAUCACUGCUCGGAGUGUGGGAAGAGUUUUAUUACACCAAGUAAACUCCAAAGACACCAGCGCAUUCAUACAGGAGAAAAGCCGUAUCACUGCUCGGAGUGUGGGAAGAGUUUUACGCAGCAGAGUAGUCUCCAAACACACCAGCGCAUUCAUACAGGAGUGAGAGCGUAUCACUGCUCGGAGUGUGGGAAGAGUUUUAUGCAGCAGAGUAGUCUCCAAACACACCAGCGCAUUCAUACAGGAGUGAGACCGUAUCACUGCUCAGAGUGUGGGAAGAGUUUUAUGCGACAGAGUAGUCUCCAAAUACACCAGCGCAUUCAUACAGGAGUGAGACCGUAUCACUGCUCGGAGUGUGGGAAGAGUUUUAUUACACAAAGUGCUCUCCAAAGACACCAGCACAUUCAUACAGGAGUGAGGCCGUAUUACUGCUUGGAGUGUGGGAAGAGUUUUAUUACACUAAGUGAUCUCCAAACACACCAGGGCAUUCAUACAGGAGUGAGACCAUAUCACUGCUCGGAGUGUGGGAAGAGUUUUAUUACACAACGUGAACUCCAAACACACCAGCGCAUUCAUACAGGAGUGAGACCGUAUCACUGCUCGGAGUGUGGGAAGAGUUUUAUUACACAAAGUGCUCUCCAAAGACACCAGCACAUUCAUACAGGAGUGAGGCCGUAUCACUGCUUGGAGUGUGGGAAGAGUUUUAUUACACAAAGUGAACUCCAAAUACACCAGCACAUUCAUACAGGAGUGAGGCCGUAUCACUGCUUGGAGUGUGGGAAGAGUUUUACGCGGCAGAGUAGUCUCCAAACACACCAGCGCAUUCAUACAGGAGUGAGACCGUAUCACUGCUCGGAGUGUGGGAAGAGUUUUACGCAUCAGAGUAGUCUCCAAACACACCAGCGCAUUCAUACAGGAGUGAGACCGUAUCACUGCUCUGAGUGUGGGAAGAGUUUUAUUACACAAAGUGAUCUCCAAAGACACCAGCGCAUUCAUACAGGAGUGAGACCUUUUCACUGCUCGGAGUGUGGGAAGAGUUUUAUGCGGCAGAAUAGUCUCCAAAUACACCAGCGUAUUCAUACAGGAGUGAGACCGUAUCACUGCUCAGAGUGUGGGAAGAGUUUUAUUACACAAAGUGAACUCCAAAGACACCAGCGCAUUCAUACAGGAGUGAGGCCGUAUCACUGCUCGGAGUGUGGGAAGAGUUUUACGCAGCAGAGUAAUCUCCAAACACACCAGCGCAUUCAUACAGGAGUGAGACCGUAUCACUGCUCGGAGUGUGGGAAGAGUUUUACGCAGCAGAAUAUUCUCCAAACACACCAGCGCAUUCAUACAGGAGUGAGACCGUAUCACUGCUCAGAGUGUGGGAAGAGUUUUACGCAGCAGAGUAGUUUCCAAACACACCAGCGCAUUCAUACAGGAGUGAGGCCGUAUCAUUGCUCGGAGUGUGGGAAGAGUUUUAUUACACAACGUAAACUCCAAAUACACCAGCGCAUUCAUACAGGAGUGAGACCGUAUUACUGCUUGGAGUGUGGGAAGAGUUUUACGCAGCAGAGUAAUCUCCAAACACACCAGCGCAUUCAUACAGGAGUGAGACCGUAUCACUGCUCGGAGUGUGGGAAGAGUUUUAUGCGGCAGAGUAGUCUCCAAAGACACCAGCGCAUUCAUACAGGAGUGAGACCGUAUCACUGCUCGGAGUGUGGGAAGAGUUUUAUUACACAAAGUAAACUCCAAAGACACCAGCGCAUUCAUACAGGAGUGAGACCGUAUCACUGCUCGGAGUGUGGGAAGAGUUUUACGCAGCAGAGUAGUCUCCAAACACACCAGCGCAUUCAUAUAGCACAUACAAAAGAUUGACCUUUUCCUGUCUUUGAAAUAUUUUAUUUAUAAAUACAAUAUUUAAUAAUAAAAAAAAGGUGUUGCUAAUAAAUGUAUUACCUUCUUUUCAGAUAGGGUAAAAAAAAAUUGCAGUCUGUGUCAUGUGUGUUUUUUACAUGUGAUCGCCCCCUAUUUUCAUGAGGACAAUCUCUCACAGAAAAAGUUUGAGGUCAAAAGACUCAAAAAUGGAUUUUAUUUUAAUUUUUUUCUACAGACAUGUCUGUCGGUUGUUGUUUUUCUUGUUUACUGUAUAACUUUGUAUAAAAAGGCUGCAUGGUCAGUUUAAAAGCCCUAUAACAAAGAACCCCUCUGUGUAGAAGCCUGUUGUGUAAAAACGCCUGUAACCUGACACCCUGAGGCGUGAGAGUGAGAAAGUUUGAGAAUUGCGCAAUAAAACCUUUGCGCACGCUCUACUGCGCACCCCUCA